ACCUCUCUGGCUGUGCUGGAGCCACAAGACGACUCAUGGGAGAGAAAGAAGGAGGGAGGGGUGGUGGGUGGACAGAGAGAGAGAGAGAUACUGCCUCUCAUUGUGCCCCCUCUGACUGGACGGAGAGCGAGUUGAGUAGAAAGUCAGGAACAGACGUUAGAGAAAGAUAUUUGGACACUCAGGUUUGGAUUCGGACUUUGUGGAGAUGAAGCUUCUCCUCAGAGCUCUGAGUGCUCUGCUCUGCUGCUCGCUGUCCUCCUCACAACAACUAGAUCCUGCUGGGAGAAACGUCUGCUAUAAUACCAGGAACCCCUCAACCCCCGUCUGUUGCACUGGAUGGCGUCAAGAGGGAGAUGAAUGCACCAUACCUGUUUGUGAGGGUGAGCAGGCCUGCCAGAAGGAUGAGAUCUGCGUGUAUCCUGGAGUGUGUCGCUGCCCACCUGGCUUCUUCGGAGCUCACUGUAAAACACCCUGUCCUCCUGAGUUCUGGGCUUCAGACUGUCGCAAGGUGUGUCCGUGUCACCCACACGGCCGCUGUGACCCUGUCACCGGUGAGUGCACCUGCAACACCAACCGCUGGGGUCCACUGUGCCAGUACGCCUGCAAGUGCGCCCGGCAUGGCCGCUGCCACCCCGUCUACGGAAACUGCACCUGCGACGAAGGCUGGUGGACGUCAACCUGCACCAAGCCGUGUCAAUGCAUCAGCGGGGGCUCUAAGGGCCCCGGCUGUGACCAGCUUACAGGUCGGUGUCAGUGCCACAGGGGCCACUGGGGGCUGAAAUGUCCCGUCACUUGCAACUGCUACCUGUCCUCAUGUAACCAGCGUACCGGUGUGUGUGAGUGUGAACCAGGCUGGUGGGGAUCCAGCUGUGACCGGCGAUGUAACUGUGACUUCACACACAGCAGCUGCGACCCAACAAACGGGCAGUGUGUGUGUCACCCAGGGUACUAUGGUGACUACUGCAACCAGCCCUGUGAAGCUGGGAAGUACGGCAGCGGCUGUAAAAUGAGAUGUGGUUACUGUAAAGACAACCAACCCUGCUCUGCCACUGAUGGCGCCUGUGAUGCCUGUGAGCCAGGCUGGAACGGGACACGAUGCAACCGCCCAUGCCCAUCUGGUUCUUAUGGUGAUGGCUGCCAGGAGAAGUGUUCACGCUGCAGGAAUAACGAACCCUGUGACCCAAAAACUGGAGAGUGUUGGAGGUGUGACCCUGGAUGGACUGGAACCAGGUGUGAGGAGGCCUGCUCCAACAGGACGUUUGGAGACGCCUGCAGCUUCCCGUGCAGCCCUUGUUUCCACGGUAACUGCCAUCACGUGACAGGAAGAUGUGUCUGUCAGCCAGGCUAUCAGGGAGAGAGCUGUAACAGCAGCUGCCCCGCCCUGCAGUUUGGCCUCAACUGUUCCUCUGCCUGUGACUGUGGACAGGGGGUCAGCUGCGACCCGGUCACUGGUGUCUGCCCUAACAGUGGCAGAGCGGCUGUACUAGCUGGUGUCCUGGUUCCUCUGCUCCUGCUGCUCCUCGCUGUGCUCUGCUGCUGUUUGUGUUGUGGAGGAGGUCCUGUUGAUGGCAAAGACAGAGCAACUGUGGCUGAAGGAGGCUUGUCAGCUCGCAUGAAGUAUCACGUCUACAGCGUCCUGGCUAACAUCGGUGCUGCCAUCCCCUGUAUUUCUAAUUGGUCCUCUGGCCUGCCUCGAGUCACUGUGUCUCACCAUGACCCAGAGCUGACGUUUAACCACAGCUUCAUUGAGCCUCCUUCUUCUGGCUGGGUGACCGAGGGCUCGUCCUUUGACAGUGAUGAGGAGGAGGGAGAGGCGCUCUACUGUGUCCCUCCAAGAGAAGACAUCCCAGCGGUGGCAGGCGGUGAGUUCCAGGAAAUGAGUUCCAAGUGUAACAUGUUCUUAGACCCGUCCGGCUUCAGCAGUGAGGACAUCACCUCACCCUUCAACAUCCCUCGCACCUCCAGCAUUGCCAAGUCCAAGCGCCCAUCUGUGUCUUUUGCUGAGGGCACCCGCUUCAGCCCUAAGGAGAGGCGUGGCUCAGCUCAGGACCCUGGCGCUCUCCCAGGACACCCACGCAACAAACCAAAGUCACCCUGGGGGGUUUUGAUGCUGUCCUCCCUCCAAAGUCAGGGAGGUGCAGCUAGAACUGGGGAGGAAGAUGGAGCUGAGGGCGAGGAGGGGGAAGAUGAAGAGGAUACGCAGGAGACAGACAAUCAGGAAACAAGCUGUGAGGCAGGGGACCAGGAAGUAGACAGAACCCCCUCCCGGGUCACCCUGCAGGUCCCUGGGGCAUCAGGACGAAGGCGGACUAUGUCCAACACAGCUGCUCAUAAAGGGACCCAGCUGUCAACAUCUGCCUCUGAUGCUCAGGCGGGGGGCUUAAAUAAGGUCACCACAGUGUAUGUGACGGUGGGUAAGGCAGGUAGGCCCGUGUCUAAAACGGAGACGAGCUCUGAAGGCCCCGUUCAGGCCAUGCUGCGGCGACUCGGCAGCCUCCAGAGAAAAACAGAGCAGGAUUCUGGCAGGUCCAAGCCUAAAUCAGCUGAGGGAAUUACCAAACCACCCAGGAGGAAGCUCGGAGCUCGGGCGACUGUGUGGGAGCAGGGAGGCCCGACUGGAGGGGAGGUCGGUAUUUGUAAGCCAAUCAGGAGAAAGCAUUCUUCUCUCAACGCCCCUGACACGACUGGUGCUAAUGACACUCCAUCACAAGAGAGUGGCACGCCAAAAAGGCCUCUGUCGUCCAUUUUGAAGAGCGUGCCAGAGGUGAAUUCAGCUGACUCUGGGUCAGAUGUGCGGGCGGACGGUGGCGACUCCAGUGCAGGAAAAACUGAGGGCACCUACUUGACUGUGGGACCAGCAGGAGACGCUGUGAGUCUCACCGAGGUCAUCACCAAUGAAGGUGCAGUGGUCAGUGCGAGUGAUGAACCCUGCUAUGAGAACGUCAUGAUUAAAUCCUCUUAACCUCUGAGAGACAACACGUCAGCAGGUCUGAUCCAAACACAAGUGCGUGUUUCUUACUCUGCAGAUACAAUGUUACAGGCACAAAGGGAAAACUCUUGAAUUAUGGUGUUAUUUGUUAAAGUUAUGCACCACUGCAGCUUGCAUAUUAACAUUUAAAAGCAUGUGUUAUUAAAAAAAAUACUUUAAUGUUUAGCCUAAAUUCUAUAGAAUAUAGAUGUAACACAUAAAUUUAUAUUUUAGGCUCAAAGAUAACCUUCAGUGAUGCAUGUUGUAUUAAUUGUAUACAUACAAGUACUGUAAUAU